AUGCUCAGCAACGACUCGGCGCCCUCUCUCGAAGCGCAGACUGAAUCAAUCGUCUACACCAUCCAGAGCGUGCUGUCCGGUGUCCGCUCGCCGACGCCCUCACCGAUGCCCUCGCCGACUGUCAACGAGAACCUCACGCAGACUAUCACGAUCGUGUCCAGCAUCGUCGCCGUCUGCCACGACAACCUUCCGCCCGCGUCGGCGCAGCAGGGGAACGACAUCCUGCGCGAGCUCAGCAACCACGCGAACAAGCUCAGCGAGGUCCAGGCCAUGCGCGACAACCUCGGACAGGGUUGA